AUGGGGUACAAUGACAAACAUAAGUGGAUAGCAACAGAAAAUGGUACUGGAACAGUGGCAAUCAGCAAUUUUGUACAGGAAGCUUUGGGAGAUGUUGUUUACUAUAGUCUGCCUGAAGUUGGGGCAAAAUUGGACAAACAAGAUGAGUUAGGUGCUUUGGAAAGUGUGAAAGCUGCUAGUGAACUCUAUUCUCCUCUAUCAGGAGAAGUAAUUGAAAUUAAUGAAGCUCUUGUAGAUAAUCUGGGAUUUGUCAACAAAUCUUGUUAUGAAGAUGGUUGGCUGAUCAAGAUACAUGGAGUAAUCCUUCAGAACUGGAUGAACUGA